AUGUUAGUUUUCAUUAAGUUCUUCCAGUACUCUCGUCGGGUUUCAUUUUUUUUGGAGUGUUUGACGGAGAUUGUAGUCUUCCUCAUGUCAGCAUUAUUUAACUUUCAAAGUCUGCUGAGUGUCAUUUUGUUGCUUAUAUGCACUUGCGCUUACAUUAGACACUUCUCCCCUACCUUAUUGGAUUCACGAAAACAUGGACUUCUAGGACUGUUCUGGAAAUGUGCAAGAAUUGGUGAACGCAAAAGUCCUUAUGUUGCUGUCUGUUGCAUUUUAAUGGCAGGCUCAGUACUUUUCAGUUCACAAUCAAGGUAUCUCUCCAAUCGUUUGUCUAAGGAGUCAGGAAGCUCCAGUGGAAGUAAUAGUAGUUUCUUCAGUGAUACAUUUAUAUCUAUUGCAAUAACCGGAGCAUUUCUUGGCAGUUGCUUAGCUUUUCGCUGGUAUGUAAAUCGUCUACGUGACUACAGCAUUACUGAAAAGAAAAACCCAGAGAAGUCAGGGCUGGAACCUGAAGUAUCUUCAGCGUCAAAUGCGUUGGAAAUACCUGUGACACAUGCCUCUGAGUCAGCUUUGAAUACAUCUCCAAUUCAACAUGAAACUAGAAAUUCAAGUGAUCAUUCACCCGUUAUUGUUGAGCAACAGCAGCUGGAUACUUCGGAUUCUGUCGAUUCCCAGGUCACUGAAUCUGUAAAAAAUUCAGUGAAAGAAGUUACAAAUUCAGAUUUUCAUGAUGAAAUACCGGAAUCACUUGUGUACAUUAAACCAGAAGAUGAAAUAUUUCCUUCACAUGUACCAUACAUUAUUGUUGGUGCUGGAGCGGCUGGAAUGUCAGCAGCCCGUUCAAUACGUGCCUCAGACCCAACAUCUAGAAUUUUAUUAAUUUCUGGUGGUGGGGAAUCAAGUACAAUAGCUGAACCAGGUAUUGAAGAAACUUCAUUUCUUGAACCGCCACCUUACUUGAGACCACCUUUAAUAAAUUACAAAAACAUAACACCUAUGUCUGACCUACAAGCAGAAGUUUCGAAAAUUUCAAUCGACUCUCCGUCACCUCUUAGCUUAAAGAUUAAUCAUUGGUUUGCAGUUUCGGCAUGGAAGUGGUGUACUAACGAUGAUGACUGUGGUAUUUGUCGGAACGCUUUCGAAACAUGUUGUGCAGAUUGUAAACUCCCAGGUGACGAUUGUCCUCUUGUUUGGGGUCAAUGUAACCAUUGUUUUCAUAUGCAUUGCAUUAUAAAAUGGUUAAACAGUCAACAAAUGGCUCAACAUUGUCCUUUGUGCAGACAAGAUUGGCGGUUCAGAGAAUAA